CUCUCUCAUUACAAACAACAAGAAGCAAACAACAACAUAAUCAUCAUCUUAUACUUCUCUACUCUACAUUUAAAAAAGUAAUUAAAAGAUGCAAAUGCUAAGAAGCUUUAGCACGAGGAUAAGAAGCCGCCGUGGAGGCUACGAGCGAGUAAGCGAUGAUUCAACUUUCAGUUUACUGGGAACAAAGCUAAGGAGAUCAUCGAGUGUUCCUUACUACGCUCCAUCUAUCAAGCUUGGUGCUGGUGGUGUUCCGACCAUUCUCGAGGAGCUUCCUCGUCAGAAAUCCAAGAAAGUCAAACCACCAAGCAAAUUUAGCCACCCUAUCUUUAGCUUCUUAUACGGAAAGAAGAAUAAGAAGCCGUCGACGACAAGGAAGCCUGAGUUUUCUAGGUAUCUUGAGUAUCUGAAAGAGGGUGGUAUGUGGGAUGCGAGAACUAAUGCUCCUGUUAUUUAUUACAAGUAGAGAUGAUGAAGUUAUGGAAAAUGUCAAUCAAGAAAAGCUUUUCAAGUUUUUGUUUCAUUCAAAUGUUUUUUCUUUAAUAUUUUUAAUAGUUUGUGAUGAUAUUUGUAUAUAAUUACAAUCGUCAAUUCAUUAAUUUGAUUUAUAAGAAUACAAGUGGUGGCAACAAAGUUGUAUGUUUUGGAGCAUUUUCUAUUCGGACAUGAUCAAAAGUUUCAAAGCAAACAUUAGAU